GAGAUAAAUGGCAUUUCCCCAAGACCAGAAAAGAACAAGAAGAUGAGCUCUGGAAGCAGAGCAGCGUUGUGUAAAUGUUUGGGGCCGUCCCUCGCUUCCACUGCUCUCAAUCGAUUCAAAUCCUUCCGACCUCGCACUUCAUUCUCGUCCGCUUCGACUAGGCUUUUCCGGAUGGCCACCGAUCCUCCGCCCCAGCCGCCCUCCGCCUCUGGCAGCGGCGAGGCUUCCUCCGCCCCGGCUUCUUCCGCCAUCGAUUUUCUCUCCCUCUGCCACCGCCUCAAGACGACGAAGAGAGCGGGAUGGAUGAGGAAGGAUAUUCAGAGUCCGGAGUCAAUAGCCGAUCACAUGUACCGAACGGGGUUGAUGGCUCUCAUUGCUUCUGACAUUCCCGGGGUCGAUCGAGACAAGUGCAUAAAAAUGGCAAUUGUCCAUGAUAUUGCCGAAGCCAUUGUUGGAGACAUCACACCUUCAGAUGGAGUCCCCAAACAUGAAAAGAGCCGACUUGAGCAGGAAGCGCUAGAUUACAUGUGUAAAUUACUUGGUGGGGGGGAGAGAGCCAAGGAAAUAGGUCAGUUGUGGAUGGAAUAUGAAGAAAAUUUGUCCCUAGAAGCUAAGUUUGUGAAGGACUUAGACAAGGUGGAAAUGAUACUUCAGGCAUUGGAAUAUGAAACUGAGCAAGGCAAAAAUUUGGAGGAGUUCUUUCAGUCAACAGCGGGGAAGUUCCAGACUGAAGUGGGCAAGGCUUGGGCUUCUGAAAUUGUGUCAAGAAGAAAAACGAAGCGAUAGUUUCUACCUUAUUUGCUGUUACAUUCUCUGGUUACUUCUUGCCACCUGGUUUUUUUUUUUUACCUCGAAUCAAUUCAAUGCCAAAUAGUCCUAAUUAGAUAUAACAAUUCAUUGAUAUUUUGGCUUUCUAAUGUCAUUGGGAAAAAUGAUCUUGUUGAGUUUGGAAUUUAUCCUAAUCUCCAUCUGCAACUACAUGCUGGUAUGAGACUGUAAAGCGGAACAUCUAGAUGGAGUUAACUCAAAACUUGAAUCUUCUUACUUUAUGGUGUC